AUCAGCGUAAGCAUCAGCCAGCCACGGACGAAACCGCACAAGCAUCAGUUAACAGGCCAACCGACCCAGUUCACUGGAGCCAAUCCUUUUCCCGAAGUUACGGAUCGAAUUUGCCGACUUCCCUUACCUACAUUAUUCUAUCGACUAGAGGCUGUUCACCUUGGAGACCUGAUGCGGAUAUCGGGCCGUCCAGAGAACACGAGACAUCACAGAAACCGCGAUGCUUUACGGAAACAACGUCCCUAUCUACGGCUGAACCGAUUCCAGGGAGUCCGUUCCUUAACUAGAGAAGAGAACUCUAGCUCGGUCUCUGAGCGACGUAACCAACUGGGCUCACGCCCAAAGCCUUCGACGCAACCGCCACGUCCCUCCUACUCGUUGCGGCCAGGCGAUAGACAACGCACAAGCCAGCAACGGCUGGGUAUAGGUCUCUCGCUCAAGCGCCAUCCAUUUUCAGGGCUAGUUGAUUCGGCAGCGGGUACCGACUUCCAUGGCCACCGUCCUGCUGUCUAUAUCAACCAACGCCUUUUAUGGGGUCUCAUGAGCGAGAAGUUAGGCACCUUAACCCAACGUUUGGUUCAUCCCACAGCGCCAGUUCUGCUUACCAAAAAUGGCCCACUUGGAGCUCGCGUUCGUGUCAACAGUUCAAUAAAUAUUCUUUUUUUGCAUUCUCCGCCCAUUACGCAAGCUCCGCCCACUCGCCCACGCAUUUCGACAUUGCCAUUUGAUAGAGCUCGAAAAGAUCUAUCAGAUGAUAUCAAGAAAUCC